CCAGUAACCCCCUGAUAUACCGCCCCAUGCCCCAAGUGACACACAAAUCACAUUCACAUUUCCAUUCAGUUGAUAACUUACCAUUUUUGCAUUGAUCAGGCUAGUCAGGCCACGCUUCAAUUGGUUUCACAAAUGUGAUUAUGUUAAUCUCAUAGAUCUGAGCGCACAAAUGUAAAACAUACCCUAUUAUUUUCGAACACCGUUAUUAGUAACAAUAAUAAAAAAUGAUGAAAGAAUCCACAAUUUCACAACAUAACGUUAAAAUCUAACGUGCCUUUCCAUAGAAAGGCGUGGUUGCCCUAGGAACGACCAAACGACAACGACAACAGGUGGUAAAGAGAUGGCGGAAAAAAGUGGUAUGGAGAAACUAGAUAUUGGUGCACUGAGCCCAGAACAACAAGAGAAACUCCGCCAAUUCAAGAUAAACACGAGAAUUGGUAACGAGAAAUAUCUGAGAUCUCACCCGGAAGUGGAGGUGCUGUUGAGCGACUUUUUAAGGGAAGUAUUUUUAAAAAGACCAGCCGAUAUUCGGGAGUUUGCUGCAAAUCACUUCACUGACCCAGACUUAGCGAAGACAAUCUGCUCUAAGCUUCAAGGCAACUUUGAUUGAAAAGUAUUCAACUUUGAUUGAAAAAUUAAAGUAUUUAUCGAAGUAUUAUUUAUUACUUAUUAAGACAAUUAAACCAUGAGCUUAUUUACAAGAUUUUUGCAAUCUGUAUCUUUGUUUUAAGUAUAGAUUGCUGCCUGCAUUCAUAACUUUUGUAUGUUUUUCAUGUGAACUAUAGUAGAUCAUGCCAGUUUAAAGAAUCUUGUAUACUUUUUCUCAUUAGCCUUCUUUGAUAAUUAGACAAUAGUAUUUCCAUUGUUGGGGGAUUAGCAAGUUUGGGCUUGUUUAUCUGUAUUUAAAAAGACAAUGCCACUCAGUAGUUUUUAAUUUUGUGUUGUCAUUAUUAAACUCAUGGUUUUGAAUCAA